UAGGGGUGUGUGGCCUGGCGGAGGGCGGGCCGGAAGCGGAAUGGGGCGGGCCGGAAGCGGACCGGAAGCGGGGCGGAAGACGGCGGCGGCAGCGGUUCCGGUGGCGGCGAUGAGUUUCGCGUGGCCCUGGCAGUAUAGCUUCCCGCCGUUCUUCACGCUGCAGCCCAACUGCGAGACGCGGCAGAAGCAGCUCUCGGCCUGGUGCGCGCUGGCGCUGGCCUACAGCCAGCGGCACCGGCUGCCCGCCAUGACGGUGCGGGAGGCCCAGGACAGCCCGCUCUUCACCAACCGCCGCCUGCAGCGGAAGCUCCCGCUGGAGUCCAUCCAGGUGGUGUUGGAGGAGCUCCGCAAGAACGGGAACCUGGAAUGGUUAGAUAAGAACAAAACCAGUUUUCUGAUCAUGUGGAGGAGACCAGAAGAAUGGGGAAAGCUCAUCUAUCAGUGGGUGUCGAAGAACGGCUUGACCAACUCUGUAUUCACGCUGUAUGAACUGACCAGUGGAGAUGACACAGAGAACGAAGAGUUCCACGGCUUGGAUGAGACCAUGCUGCUCCGUGCCCUGCAAGCCUUGCAGCAAGAGCACAAGGCUGAAAUUAUCACGCUGGACGAUGGCCGAGGUGUGAAGUUCUUCUGAUAGGAGCACCCUCCCCUCCACUCCGGCUGCUGAAACAGUUCUCGCUGUGAAGGUUCGCUCUCCUGGCCUGGUUUCAAGCCGUGACCGCAAGCAGCUGCGUACUCGGGAUUUCUUGGGGCAAGGAGAAUCUGCGAAGCCUUCCAAAGACGUGACUUGUUAGAAAUAUUCAGAGGUCCUCUGUCUGUCUUUUCUCCCUGUUGAUUGUGUUUGAGAGGCUAAAGCUGCUCUAGGCGCUUCUGAGAGGGACCACCCAGAAGUGAAAUAAUUGGGCUGCUGCUGCUCAUCCCCGUUCCUGCGAAGGACACAGCGUGGUCUCUUCAGCUGCCUGGUCAAGCUUGGCCUCAAAGGGCACCUCCUUCCCUCCCGCCAGCCGUGUGCUCGGGCUCUGCAGCCCCCGCGGCUUUGCCAGGCAGGGUGAGAGCGAGCACAAGGAACUUGCUGUCGCUGCUGUGCCGUAGAAGCCCUCAAUGGCGGAAUACGUGCUUGCUGUGAAGCAGGCUGUGCAGCGGGGUGGGGGUGGAUGCCAAGGAACUAAUUUGAAGUAAUUAAAAUGAGAUGUAUUUAUAGAGCA